AUGGCGUGGCCCUGCAUCAGCCGCUUGUGCUGCCUGGCGCGGCGCUGGAACCAGCUGGACCGCUCCGACGUGGCGGUGCCGCUCACCCUGCACGGCUACGCGGAGCUCGAGCUCGAGCGCGAGGAGUCGAGCCCGGGCGGCGCCACCCCAGGCAGGAGCGCGCACCCCACGGGUGCCCGGGACGCCGGCAGGGCCGUGCCGCUCACUCAAUAUCAGUGCGAUUUCGGGGUGUGCGCGGCGCCCCGAGAUGCGGCACCGGGACCGAGUGGCCGCAGGGCCAAGUCCUCAGCGCCCCUUGCGCGGGGUGUCUACGUGCUGCCCGUCGGCGAUGCGGACGCGGCUGCUGCGGCCACCACGUCGUACAGGCAGGAGUUCCAGGCGUGGACUGGAGUGAAGCCCUCAAGAGCCACCAAGGUGAAGCCAGCCAGAGUCACCACGACCCACAGCUCGGGGUGGGAUGCCAGCCGGGGGCCUGGGUUCCAGGUCUCCGAGGUGAGGAACUUUACACCUAACCCCUCAGCCAUCUUCCAGGCUUCUGCUCCCCGGAUUCUCAACGUGUGACACCUGGGGAGGCUGAGUGGCUGUGGGGAGCGGCUCUGCCAGGGCUGCAGGCCUGGGGUGCAACAGAGUUGGGGGGGUGCUGGAAAAAUGACACCCCAGCUCUGCCAGCCUCCAGCAGCCUUU